AAAAUAAAACUAGGCCCUAAUCCUACGACUCCUAGGACUAGGAGACCUAGAUAGGAAGCUUCCCAAAAUUCUCUACUUCUCUCUCUCUCUCUCUCUCUCUCUCAUUAUUGUGACGCAGCCACCGCGUCACUGUAUCGUCCACGACCUCAAGCCUCGCUGAUCGUGUUGGAAUAAAACCUGAAGGCGCGAAAAAUCCAAUUCCACACAGACCUAAUUGAUUCCGAUUACCGAAUCAGUGUAGGGGAACGAGUUCACAGGUUCUGGUGGACCUUAGCCGUCGUCGAUGCUGAGGAGGGCCAAUUUGGGUAUUUGAUCAUCAGGAAUUCCAUUGGUUUCUCUACAGGUUCAUUAACAUCCCCUCUUCCAAGAUGAGUUCGACACUUUCAUCAUCUAGUGGAAUUCUUGUGCCAUCUACGCUUGGUACCUGUGAGUCCGGGGUUUCCGGUCAUUUUGGCCAAGUACAAUUGGAUUAUUAUGAUCAUGAUGAAACAGAAUUGCUCUCCGUCUCAUGGAAUCAGGACUAUGGUUGCUUUGCUGCUGGAACAUGUCGUGGUUUUUCUAUCUAUAACUGUGACCCUUUUGAGGAAACUUUCAGACGUGAUCUGAAAAGCGGAGGAUUUGGAAUCGCUGAGAUGCUUUUUCGGUCCAAUUUUUUUGCACUUGUUGGUUGUAAGUCCAAUUCCCAAUACCCUCCUAACAAAGUAAUCAUUUGGGAUGACCAUCAGAGCAGGUGCAUUGGUGAAUUUACAUUUAGGUCUGAGGUUCGGGCAGUGAAACUAAGACUGGAUCGCAUUGUUGUUGUUCUUGAGCACAAAAUAUACGUGUACAAUUUUACAGAUUCCAAGCUUCUUCAUCAAAUAGAAACUCUGGCCAACCCCAGGGGGCUUUGUUGCCUUUCACACAACUCAAAUACAUUUGUCUUGGCUUGCCCAGGUCUUCGACGAGGGCAGGUUCGAAUUGAGCACUUUGGUUUGAUUAUGACAAAGUUCAUAUAUGCUCAUGAGUCUCAAAUUGCUUGCUUAACCUUAACAAUGGAUGGGCUUCUUCUUGCAACUGCCAGUACAAAGGGUACUUUGAUAAGAAUUUUCAACACAGUGGAUGGGACUAUGUUACAGGAGGUUCGAAGGGGAGUGGACAAAGCAGAUAUAUAUUGUAUUGCUCUAUCUCCUAAUGUCCAGUGGCUGGCUGUCUCUAGUGACAAGGGCACGGUUCAUUUAUUCAGCCUCAGAGUUAGGGUGGUGGGGGAGGACUCAUCUUGUUCUAGUGCUGCUCAAAGUCCAGCAAUGGUUUGCCGGAGUUCCUCAUUGUCCCCCGACGCCCUUAUUUCUCCCAGUACUACUGCCAACCCUGGUUCAUCAUUCUCAUUUUUGAAAGGGCUAUUACCACAAUAUUUUAGCUCAGAAUGGUCAUUUGCCCAGUUUCACUUACCAGAAUACACUACAUUCAUCGCGGCAUUCGGGUCUCAGAACACUGUUAUUAUUGUGGGCAUGGAUGGCAGUUUCUACAGGUGCAGCUUUGAUCCUGUGAACGGAGGGCAUAUGUUGCAGCAGGAAUAUGUCCGCUUUCUCAAGACGGACAAUAGACCGAAAUAGGGCCAUACUUGAGGACUUUGUGGGCAGUAUACGUGCGUUGCGGCAACUCAUUGAUCGGGAAUACCACCAUGUAAGCAAUGCCAUUUGGGACUCUAGAAGUAGCCUUCAAUUAGUCCAAUUCUUGUCUUUGUACAUAUGAAAGUCCAUUUCAUACCAUUGUUAUUCAGUGCAGUGUUCAGGAGCAAUUAACAAAUCUCUGUGAAUAUAUUUUAUCCAUGGGCUAAUAGAUUUUCGUAACUGUAUAUUAUUUAGAAAAUGAAAAUACCACGCUAGUAAAAUAAA